UUUGAUGUUGAGUUUGGCUCCUGAAGGGUCGCAGAGUACCAUGAUACGUAGUCAUUUGUUCUUGGUAAUUUUUUGCAGAGUUGUCCUGUAAUCCUUGAUGGUUCUAGUUGACUGGGAAGGCUGUCGAUGCGACUCUUGGUCACGGCUACUUCUGCCGAGGAAGUCGCUACCGUCAAGGAUGUUGUUAGCGUUGCGGCUAUUGAAGAGUUGCCGGUGGGGGUGCCACUUGUAGAUUCAAGAGCAGCCCCCGAGCCUGCAGUCCUGACACUGUCGGCUACCGAGUUGCCGGUCCUUAGCCAGGCAGUUUUAGGUUUGCCUGCUGGGGUGGUAGAUGUUGUGAAGGCAGAAUCACCAGUGAUUGCUGCUGGUUCCUUGUUGUCCAAUGUUAUUGCUAGUGGACAUGGCAAAAAUAUCGCACCUUCGGCUGACCCUAUGGUGCCGAGUACUCGACCGACGGUCACUGAGAAGAAACAUGGAUGCAGAGGAUACUAUCCAUGUGGACACAGAAGUGGAGUCUUGUCCUUCGACUACUCUUUCUAGUCCCUUGGUUGAUUUGACUGUUGAUGACGUACCCGAGGUUGACACAAGCCACCUUGGUGCCACUAUGUCCAUGCUUCAAGAAGUGCUCCGCUCAGUGGAGAGCCCUGCGGUCCCUUCGAGUUCUGGAGGUGUGCCAUCUUCAACGUCGACUGGUGGUACCCUGGCUUUAGUUGAUGUGACUAAAGCGGAUGAGGCUAGCGCACCGGGUGAUGUCUUGGGCAGAGCUCCAGAGCCUCAGAUUGUUAAAAAUGCUGAAGGUCCAGUGCUCGAGCUACCAUUGGAGUCUGAGUUUCAGAGAGCUAUCCAGAGCUUUCAGGUGUGCUUUUUCUUUUGUCUAACUGUUUUUUCUUGAAAACUUGACGAUUUGCUUUUAUUCGCAGGAUCUUUAUGACAGCGCUCAGAAAAAUGCUCUGGCCCUCCAAGAGCGAAACGAUUCCGUGCAACGAUUGGCGCAAUUGGAGCAAGAGUGCGGCAAUCUCACCGAAUCCUUGAAGGUUCAUGAGAAGGUUGCGAAGUCUUUUGCUGUGGAGCGGAGGGAUCAUGAAAUUUUGCAAGAGAAGUUGGAGAUCCGCUAUAAGUCUUUGAAUAAGAAGUAUCAAGAGCUCAAGAAGAAAGAGGCUGUUGCGAGUAGUCAGCUUCUUGACUGGAGGAAUGCGCAUGACCGAGUAGUUGAUGAGGUUGAUCGUCUCCGCGCAUCGCUAGCUGAAGCUUAGUUUGCAUAUGAGCAUCAGAGGGAUAGAAAGAAUCAGAAUGGAGUUAUGCUCGCUAUGGCCAUGGUGGCUUGUAGAGAUCAUGGCCAGACCAUAGGAAGACUUCGAGGUGAGCUCCAAGAGUUAACUGAUGCUGCGCGGGAUUUGGUAAAUAUCAUUGCUCCACUUGAGGAUGAUGCAGAGCCCCGUUCAUUAGUCGAGCGGCUGAAGACUGCUCCGGGUAAGGUUGCUGGCCUCUGCAAGGCUGUUUGUAAACAAGUCCUUGUGGUGGUCAAGUCAUAUUACCCAAGGGCAGAUUUAACAGCGGCUAGUGAUGGUGUUGCUCGGAACUGCAUAGAGGAUGCUUACGCGCAAUAUCUUGAGGAGGCUGAGCCAAUCGCUUUGAAGAUGUCUAAGUUUGUAUCUUUGGAAGAGCCUUAGGCUUGUAUAGCCUUGUAAUCUGACGAGUACUUUGUUUA